AUGUCGGACUCGGAAGAGUACGAGUACGAGUAUGACAGCGACGAGGAGCUCGAUCACGACGAGCAGACGUCGACAGGAGCUGCUAAAGACGAGGAGAACGAAGGCGCUGGAGAGCAGCAGCGCCGUGUCGCUCGGGAUGCGCAGAUCGCGCUCGAGAACACGUUCUACGAGGCCGAAGAUUUCUACCAUCGCGGCGACUGGACACAGGCGUUUACGUAUUUCGAGCGCGUGAUUGCAAUGGAGAGGGAGACGAGGCAGCAGAAGGAGUGCAAGUGGAGCUUCCCGGCGCUGGAGCAAUUGGUGAAGAUCUGCGUCCGUCGGUGUGAGUGGGACGAGAUGCUGCGGCACUACGAGCAGAUGCUGGAACACUUGGCGUUUGUAACGAGGAACGAGAGCACCGGAGUCGAUCUCGUCUAUCUUGGAUGUUGUAUCGGACGCAUUAGGCAAAGAACGGAAAGGAGGGGCCAAGUAUACGUCGAGAAUGUACGAGUUGACGCUGGAGAAGCUCAAGGACGUGAAUAA